AUAUAGCCAAGUACUGAAACAUACCUACCACUAAUCCAGAAAUUUUUUAUAACGGUUUUGUUAACACGCAUCAUAUACCGGAGAAUAACACUUAAAGAAAACUUUUGCAUUCAGGCGAAACUCUGGACACCACUUUUGAAGGUCCUUUCACAACAGCAGGUUUUCCAAAUGACCUCAUCAUAACAACAUCCCGCCGCGCUAUAUCAGGGAAAUGUAGACAUGCUAAAUGCAACAGGAUAAAUUAUUAAGAAAGAGCAUCGGUUUUAUAAAACUAAAAACAUAACAACCCGACUACCCACUCUCCCUUGGGACCGCAGCUAUAGUGGAGCGAGACGUCGGUGUCGGGGGCACCGAGAGGGUAGCGGUGUCGGUUUCCAUACCCGGACUGGUGGUGGACGACAUGGGUCCGGGCAAAGGAGCCGCCGGUGGCCAGUCGCUGUGGGACAACAUGCGGCUGCGCUUCAUCGUAUGUUUCCUUGGCGUCUUCGUGUGUUAUUUCUAUUACGGGAUUUUACAAGAAACAAUUACAAGAGGUGAUUAUGGCCAUGGCGACAAAAAAGAGAAGUUCCGAUUUGCCAGGACUUUGGUGUUCAUCCAGUGCAUCAUCAACGCGCUCUUUGCCAGGAUGUUGAUUCAAUUUUUAGAAGGCCCAAAACCGGACCAAACCAGGAGUUGGCUGUACGGGCUUUGUUCCCUCUCCUAUGUCGGAGCUAUGGUGUCGAGUAACUCUGCCCUACAGUAUGUCAACUACCCCACACAGGUUUUGGGAAAAUCCUGCAAGCCAAUCCCAGUGAUGAUCUUGGGGGUGACCAUCCUGAGGAAGCGCUACCCGAUGGCAAAGUACUUGUGUGUGCUUCUGAUUGUGACCGGCGUGGCGCUUUUUUUGUACAAGCCCAAAAAGAGCUCAGCGGUAGUGGACGACCAUGUUUUUGGCUUUGGGGAGAUCCUGUUGUUAGUGUCUCUGACGCUGGACGGCUUGACGGGUGUGGCCCAGGACCACAUGAGGUCUCGAUUCCAAACCAGUGCCAACCACAUGAUGCUCAACAUCAACUUGUGGUCCACUGUGCUCUUGGGACUAGCUGUGCUGUGGACUGGUGAGGUGUGGGAGUUUCUGAGUUUUACCGAACGCUAUCCGAGCAUCUUGUACAACAUCUUGCUCUUUGGAUUAACCAGUGCGUUGGGCCAGACGUUCAUCUUUAUGACGGUGGUUUACUUUGGACCACUGACCUGCUCCAUCGUCACCACCACAAGGAAAUUUUUCACCAUCCUUGGCUCUGUCCUUCUCUUUGGGAACCAAAUGAGUAACAUGCAGUGGUUUGGUACCAUCCUGGUAUUCCUUGGCCUCGGAUUGGAUGCUAAAUUUGGCAAGGGACCCAGAAAGACGCAACGUUAAACCAACUGGACAUACUUCACAAGGCAGAAUCUUACUUUUUGUACAGGCUGAAACUUGUGACCUCAUUUUUUAAAUAAAACUCCUCUGUUUUAACACAUUCAUCAAUGACAACCAAUUCCAAGAUUUAAAGCAAUGAAUUUACCCCUAAAAAAAAAAAACGUUGUUUGCAAAAUGUGUCAUUAUGACAUAUUCUUGGCCGAUAAUUAGCCAAGUAGCUUGUCAUACAGAAAACAUGACUUUUGUCUUAUGUUUUUUUAUUUUAUACAAAUGAGUAAUUACUUGCAUUAAAGUGAACCUGUCACCUCUUUC